AACGCGACCGGGUAGCCUGCUCUGCCAAUUCCGGCAUUCCAGCCUAUCCCCAGUUCCCCCACCGCUCCGGCCUCCGGCCGACGGCUGGCGUAACGUGACGAUCCUGUCCGGUCGCCCCAACAACCCGCGAACGGAGAGGACGACGCCUUGUGCUCCCGGUCGAUCGAUGGUUCACCGCCGGCUCUGGGGCCCAUGGACUCCUUCCGCUCCUCGAAUUCUCUAGCGUCGAGGAGCUCCCUGACGCUGGGGGAGUUAGCCUGCGCGGCGCUGUUCCCGGUGCUCGCCGUGGUCGAUGCGGUCCUGCACGCGGCCUUGCGGUGCUUCCAGAAGACCUCGCCCAGUCUGCUGCCUGUGCUCGACAUAUGCGCGCGCCACCGAGCCGGCAGACGCCUCACCUUCCGUGAGCUAGCCGAGCUCGCUGACGAGUCCCGCUGCUUUUCGGUGAACGAGGUGGAGGCGCUGUACGAGCUGUACAAGAAGAUCAGCUGCUCCAUCGUCGACGACGGUCUGAUCCAUAAGGAGGAGCUGCAGUUGGCAUUAUUCAAGACACCAUCUGGGAAAAAUCUUUUUCUAGAUAGAGUUGCCCCAUGCUAUAAUGCCAAAAUCCCAAGAAAAACAGAAAAAAAAAAUACUGUUUUUGAUCUUUUUGAUGAAAAAAAAAAUUCUGUUAUUGAAUUUGAAGAGUUUGUCCAUGCAAUAAGUGUGUUUCAUCCAAAUGCUCCUCUUGAAGACAAAAUUGAUUUUUCCUUCAGAUUGUAUGACUUGAGGCAAACUGGUUUCAUCGAGCGUGAAGAGGUGAAACAAAUGGUAGUUGCUACUCUGAUGGAGUCACAGUUUGAGCUGUCUGACGAUCUCGUGGAAACCAUAAUAGACAAGACAUUUGAGGACGCUGAUACUGAUAAGGACAACAGGAUUAGCAGAGAGGAGUGGAGAGCUUUUGUAUUGCUGCACCCUUCUGUUAUAAAGAAGAUGACACUGCCACACUUGAAGGACACGACCGCGGCUUUCCCCAGCUUCGUUUUCAAUACACAAGUCGAAGACUAGGGCGAUGGACAGUUGAUUGUACAGUGGGUUUGUGGCAACAGAAGAUGGAGAUGAACAGUCGGCAAAGAAAGAAACGGGAGCUCUGAAAACGUAUGCUGCUCUUGAUAGCAGCAGCGUGGUGCUCCGCUGGCCUGCCCCGUCUUCAGUCCAGACAGAUUGAUGCGCAAGCAAAGCUGCUUCUCCCAAGAGUCAGCUUCAUAUUCAAUCACGUAUUGGCAAUGUUGUGACUUGAGUAAAUCUUACAGCGACUUCUAGAGGCAUUCCAUUUAUUGGAUAGGGGUACAAUCGUACAUAAUUUUUUUUCUCUCAACUUGCAGUCGCGUAUUGUUUAGUGCUCCAGUAUUUUAUCAAGGCAAGAAGUACUUUCAGUUGCCGUCAGUUCUUUUCGGUUAA